AUAUUGUGAUGCGAUUAUAUAUAUAUAUAUAUCAAUGUUUUCUUGUUAUCAAGACAUGCGCCCGAAUGUCUUGAACAUUGUAAGGGCACUUUGAAAUAUGAAUAAACUAUUAAAAUUUAAAAAAACAACCUACAAUUUGAAGGGUUCACCCUUUCCGGAAGUGGUGAACUUUGCCCCUGGGAUUGUCUUGUCUGCCAUAUUGAUGAUGUGGUUUACCUUAAUUAAUUGUCAUAUAUUGUAACCGUGUGGUUGUCUUCAUUCAUGCUUAGAGUUUAAAUUUUCUAAAUCAAAGUCCUUUUGGAUCAGACUCAUGACACAUUCAUCAUUAACAGUGAUUCUAUCAAACUUGUCCACAGAAUAAUGUAGCAUGUGUCUCGUAUACAAUACACAUUUACCUCCCCAUGAUUCAACUGUUAUUGUUUCCAUUGUUGGUGUAUGAUUCAUUAUUUCUUUAUGGGAACUAAUGAGCACGAGUAUGUAUUGCGUAUGAUCAGUUUUUAAAAUCGAGGUAGGCUACUGGCAAAUAAGUUGAUGUUACAGGGGUUUCAACAAUCUCAUUUAAAUUAAGUCAGCAUUUCGCAAAUUCUAUGGUCGUUAUAUAACGAUCUAAGUUACAAAUACAAUCUGUCAUUAGGUCGAAUUUUGUCAGAUGUGCAUGUUUCGUACCGUUAGGCCGUUCUAUAUACACACUGAUUUUGACUACGGAUUACUCCGUUUACCUAAUCAAGAUAUAUGACCUACGGUGGAUGUGACCGUUCAACAGGGGAUGAUUAAUACUCCUAGGGACCUGAAGUUUGAUAAAACGGAUUUUUAUCGUAAGUUAAGGUUGCGAUGAUAUUUUGAACUUACGAAGUUUAGUAAAACUCAGCCCUGAUCCCACAUCUAUUGUGUCCAGGAAUCCGUAUUUGCCCAAAUCUUAAUUUUGUAUUCUUUAUAGGAACUAUGAGAUUGAUCACUGUACGUUAUCUUCACUUUUUUCUACAUCAUUGAAGGAGACAAAAUGAAAAUUGGUUCAUAGGUUCCAGUAUAAACAAAUUAAAGUAUUAUAGAAAGAAAAGCGGUAUUCCGCUGCCAAAACAACAUUAGAAAAAAGAAAGAAUAGACCAUUAACGCGUGUCUGAAUAUAUUCCAAGUGUAUAUCAAAACACAAAACAAAUAUAUAAUUUUAUACGUGCUAGGUAGGAACCUGAAUUUAUAAUUCCAGUGUGUUUAUACAUUACACAUUCAGGGAUCUUUUCCUUUUUUUUUUUUUUUUUUUUUUUUAUACUUUCGUCGACAUUUUUCCUUGUAAUUUAUCAUGUCAAAGUCACGUGUUCUCUCACCGUGAGAGGAUUUAACUUGAAAAUGAAUGGAGAGUUAUCUGUGCACCAAUUAUACAAUAUCUCUUUAUGGUAUCAUAUUCUUGACCAAUAGUUUAGUAUUCCCCUGUCGACCAAAUUUAUUGUUACUUGGAGAAAAGGAUUUUUGAAGUUCGUGAAAUGAGAAAAAGAAUAUUCUGUUUUCAAGUUUAAAUGUGACCACGGCAAUGCAAACUUGUAAACAUUUUGAUACACGCUUCUCUGUUAGACAACUGAAAUAGACAAAUCUUAUAGACAUACAUUAUAUAAAACAAUUGAUGUUGGAAUUUUGUGUAUAUUCAAACAGUAGAAUAUAGAUACUUCACAUUACACAAUGAGUAAGGGGACUACAUAUCAAAUUGGUACAUGUAUGAUAAUUUGACACAAGAGAUCAAUUUGUACUAACAAAAGAAUUGUAUUUAUUUUCAAUACUUAAUCAGUACUGAAAUUUUGACUGGCAUAAAUAUUUCCGAUUACUUUGUUGCAUUGUACCAUUUUGCUAAACAGUCAAUCUGUGGGAAAUAUGCACAAAACAAUCAAAUUCUUGUAUGAUUUAGUUUGUCUUUUAAUACUCAGCUGAUUAUGAACCAUGGAGGACAUAGAGGAUAUUUUACCUAACAACUGCACCAUUCCCAUAAACCCCUGCAGGGAAACGACUUUUCUUACUUCCGCUUCCUCCGAAUACGAGAGGGAAAGUCUGCGAGAAGUGCCAUCUCAUCACCGUAUCUCCGGAGGCGGACACUACAACACUCCCUCACCAGCACCCAAAGGUGAAGAGAAGGAGCCGAGAUCGAUCUCACAGCUCAUCAACAGACGGGAGGAUUCAUUCUCAUCCAAGGAGGAAACUGAACUCGGAAACUUGCGUUCAGCGACCUCUAGGUCAUCUGGCAACAGUAGAAACAGCGUUCCUACAUUAUCGGAAUCACGACAGUCAGGGAUAUCCUUUGGGAACGUCUUUGAAAAGGGAUUGUUCCAUAGUAAGAUUAUUCCAAACGAUUCAAAAUUUCCUUACCGACUUCAGCUACCAAAUGUGAAGAUAAAAGAGGAAGAAGAAAAUACAAAAAGGCAAAAGUUUUACUGUGUUAUCGUGACCGUAGUGUUAGCGGUGUUUAUCGUGGGUGGAGCGAUCUUAGCCAUGGUGCUAGCUGUAAACCUAGCUACGUAGCCAUCCAAACUCAAAAUUAGUGUUUACUGUGCCUAAAUGACUAACUCAAGAUAAGUGUUUACUUACCUGACCCGAAGUGCAUACUUACUGGGAAUCACGAAACUUCGAGAUGAAUGUCAAUCGCAAUCAACCUUUUGGAAGCAGGGGUGUACAUACUCAACUGUGGAUAGAGAGAAAUUUCAGCAGAUAAUUUGAUUCUUAGUCUAUUAUGCUUAUAAUCUGUGCUUCGGCUACCUACCUUUUGGACACGACCCAACUUUCUGAUAAGAUGCAUCUAAAAUGCCGCAUAUUGCACCCCCCCCCCCGUAAAUCAGUAAUUAUAUAUACAGCUCUCCGAGCAGAUUCAUUCCCGUUACUGCUACUUGCAUGCACGAUGCACACUACCAAUCAAGCCACAAAUGGUCCCUGCAGCCUUAAUGUUCUUGGUGAGCUGCAACACUUAUGGUUUUGAUGGGUGACCUAGUAGAUAAUUUUGAACAAGCCCAUUUCCACACUGCGAGACUUUCUUGGAUAAAAGACAGAGUGUUGAAUCUAGGAAUUUAUUCUACAAUCCAAAUGCCGCAUGUAACCUAUACUUUCCAAAUCAAUGACUUCAUUUAUGUUCGUCGAACAUAAUUAGGAUAUGUUUCCAAGUUUUCAUAAUCUACAAGGGAUUACACAUUUACUGUAACUGAGUUACAUAUAUAACCAAAUAGAAUAUGGCUUAGGAUGAUGUGUUCUGUGGUGAUUUAUUAGAUUAGCCGUUUAGAAACAGGUUUAUUCUACACUACUGUAAGCCCUGCGAUGAGCUAAAUGGUUUUGACAAUUACUUAAAAGAAGUCAAGAAAAUAACCGGCUAGGGGUUUAUCCGAUGCAAUGAGGUCUAAUGCAUGAUUGAAUUUACUUUAUUCUCGAAGAAUUGUGUAAGCCACGGUAUGCUUUGGUGAAUGUGUAUCAAGCACUCUUUAAUUUUGUAGAAACAAUUUCUUGCAAAAUGCAAUCAUUGAAUUCAAAUACAUUAUAUAGCCUAAAUUUGAAGCCCUUCACCGGUCUGGGUGACGUCUCCAUAUGAGUGAAAAAUUCUCGAGCGAGACGUUAAGCAAGAUUCAAUCAAUCAAUCUAAUACAUUAUGACGCAAUCUAGUUCAACAGUAGUUGAGGUCAAAAGUUCCACCAUUUCAAUACAAAUUAUACGUUUUAUCAAGAUUUUUUCACAGUUAUGUAGAUGUGUAUGAGUCUGGAAAAAACCGUACUUUUAUCAUCAGAGCUAUACCGGACCACCGAGUUUACCAUGAAGCAACUACUAUACAUUUAAGGCAGUUAGUGUGGAACGAUGAAUACAUGCAACACUUGUCAUUGAGCUUUUGUCAUUAUUCACU